AUGUCUACAGCACCCGCUCCAGCCCACGCAUCGUUCGCCGAGAGCGUAGAGUACAGCAAGAUGGCGCCUAGCACUCGUAGGGCCAGUGUCAUCCUCGUCGUGGGGAUGCUCCUCGCGUCUGCCAUGGCAGCGGUGGCGGCCGACGCAGCGGAGGCCGAGGCCGCGGCUGAGGUGUCGUGCGGGGACGCGGUGAGCGCGCUGAUCCCGUGCGGGUCGUUCCUGGUGGGCGCCGUCGCCGGGGCGCCGAGCGAGAGCUGCUGCCGCGGCGCGCAGGGGCUGCGGAGGAUGGCGGGAACGCCGGGCGCGCGCCGCGCGCUCUGCAGGUGCCUGGAGCAGUCCGGCCCGUCCUUCGGCGUGCUCCCGGACCGCGCCCGGCAGCUUCCCGCGCUCUGCAAGCUCGGCAUCUCCAUCCCCGUCAGCCCCCACACCGACUGCGACAAGAUACAGUGA